GGCUAGGCAGAAAGAAUAGAACGUGUUUAGUAAAGGUCACUUACAUAACCUCCAGGUAAUGUUUUUAUACAAACAGAAAUAGUAAUUUUAAAUAGGUAUACUUACCUACCUAUUGAAAACUUUCUAAUCUAUAUGCCUUGUAUUAUUUGUAGUUGAUAGUAAAUUGGAUGUGUUAUACAGGUGUGUGAGACAUUAUGUUAUUGUAAAAACAGCCUUAAAUAUCUCUCAUCCAUGUCUGGGAAAAUAAUCGAGAGAAUUUUAUAAUCAUUAUUUUAAUGUUUUAAUAAUGUAAAAUCAGUUGCAUCAGUACUUGAUAACACUUUUUUCAAGAAAGACAGUAGGUAACUUUGAUAAAUUCCUAGCUAACCCAAUCAAUAAGAGCGGGAUAUUCAAAUGAUUGCAGAAUAAAUUAGCAGGAAGUAAUGAAUUUGAUAGCUAGAUAUAAUGAUUAUUCAGUAAUGCAAUGUGUUGUUGAUUGUUGUAAUUGAGUAGGUAACCAGAUGGUGAGUUAGAUACAUUUCAAAAUGCAUCAGAAAUUACCUAUGAGAAAUAAAUCAAGAAGUUGUUGUACAAAAUGCCUCUUAGGCACCCUUUUAUAUGUUUUUGUUUUGGUGUUGCUACUUUUUGUGAUAGUUUUUGUUAUCAUCCCUGUGGUGUUCAAAUAUAGCAUAGGAAUUCAGAGAAAUAUAAUAUUUCCAUCCUGGUUGAUUCAACCGAAAAACUAUUCGGAUAUUGAAGCACUAGGAAUAAAGGGUGUUCAAAAUUUCUACGUCACAGUUGAUAGAGAGGACAUCCCUUCUCACACAUCUGUUGAAAAAAAUGUAACACUUGGUGUUUGGCAAAUACUACCCUACGAAAUUUUGAGCGAGCUCAUUGACAAUGAGGAAUACAAUUACGAAGGGGUUUUAAAUAAUGGCAACUAUAGUAUUUUGAUGUAUUUGCAUGGAAAUGGUAUGGAUCGUACUGGUGGUAUAGAAACAUAUGAAGUGUUGAGGAAACAGUUUCAUAUAUUUGCAGUCGACUAUAGAGGUUAUGGAGACUCUUCAAUGGCAGAAAUGACAGAAACUCACAUUGUAGAGGAUAUGGUUCAAUUUUACAAAUGGCUGAUGAAAAGGACAAACUCGAAAAUUUUUAUUUGGGGACACUCUUUGGGGACAGGGGUUGGGACACACCUACUAGCUAAUUUGAAGAAAGAAAAUAUAUCUUCUAUGGGUUUGAUUCUUGAAACCCCUUUCACGUCUGUUACUGAUGUCAUGAUCACUCAUCCAAUCAUAAAGGUAUUUUCAUUUCUGCCCUGGUUUAGAACAACAUUAAUAGAUCCCAUGGUGUCCAAUGACUUCAAUUUUGAAUCCAAGAAAUAUAUUCUGGAUGUGGAUUGUCCAAUAAUGAUUCUCCAUGCCAAAGAUGAUACCAUCAUUCCUCAUAAGUUUGCUACAGAGCUUUAUAAUAUUGCUGUGAACAACAGAAAUGGGGAUUAUCAAGGAAAUAUCACCUACCAUUUAUUCGAUGCUGGCCGAGGGUAUGACCAUUUCUUCAUUUACAGAGCUCCUGAAUUACCAAAUUAUAUUGACAAUUUCGUCACCGAAUGUGAAAUUUUUGAGAAAAAAAUCCAGUAGAAGAAAUGAUGUAAUAUAUAUCAAUGCCUAUAUAUGUGCUUCAAUCCUUCAACAGGAACUUCUUGUGAUAUUUUUCAACAAAAUUUUAGGUUGUUCCCAAAUUAUUUUGGAGAAUUGUGUGAAAUCAAAACAUUGUAAAUAAAUCAUUCUGUUUUUAUCAAUGUUG